UUGUUACGUUGGCAGCGAAUGCAACUGGUUCCUUAUUGAGGUUAUGUCCACCAACCGCCAAGGUGGGAGCGCGAGUUUGGUUUUGCGGCAAGUUGGGGCAUAUCUUUGCUCAAAAUGAUAGAUUUAGUUCCCGUUUUGUCGACCGUUUUACCGAUAAUCGCGUCAACGCUUCUUAUCGUGGUUGUAAGCAUAAAUCUCUACUUUAAAAUCAGACGCCAGUUUCCGAUCAGUGUUAAUUGUUGGUUUUGCAACUCAUGGACUAAGGUGGCAUACGACGACCGGAACAGCUUUGUCUGUCCGACUUGUUUGCAAUACAAUGGUUUCACUAAAGAUGGGGGCUAUAAUAAGAUAAUCCCGGAGCAGCACGAUGAGUUGAUGAAUACAUCAACGCGAGUUAAAAGCAGAAAAUCGACGGUUUCGAAUGGGUUGUGUGUUUUGUGCAACAACAACCAGCAGUUGAAAAUGUUUCAGUUGGCGCAUUUUGUGCCUUUGGUUGAGGAGAAUUACGACGUCGAAAUUGAACAUUUUCAAGAGCAGCUUGAAAAGGCCUAUAAGUUGUGCAAAAAGUGCGACAGAGUGUUGAAGAAAACACUAGACAAACAAAAUGCAUGGAUAUUUGGAAACCGCCUCAAAAGUAUGUGUAGUAAUGGGAUUUCCAAGGUCGCAGAACAAAUAAAAAAAGAAACCAAACUAACAUUGCUCGCAAAGGCGAAUGGAUUUUUAACAAUUGUUCUUGUUUGUGUUGUAAUGUUUACAACCAUGUCCAGUAUUAAGUUAUUUACAAAAACUCUAGCUACAUAUGUGCCACCACCUUACUUAAGUUUUUACAAAACCGUCAUCGCUGCCAUAAACACGUCGAGAGUGGUUGAAUUAAAUAUGCCACCUUAUGUGUUGAAAAGUAUUAAAAUAGAACCAUAUACCGUUGUUAGUAGCAUAGGAUUACUCGUCCAAACUUUUAAAAUGAUUGUGGGCCGAAAAUCCACCCCCACAACCGUCAAUCAUUUACUCUGUUGGAUCAUCCUUUUCCUAAUUUCGUGGGUCCGCUUCAGCAGGAAUUUUUCGUCGUACAUUUUAUUUGUCGAGGCCUUUUGUUGCUUUUAUUUAUUACUCACUGCCUUUAACAAGGACAACCAUGAGCACACCCCCAAAACCACCGGAAAAACCAUGCGAAAAAUCGUGAAAAACUUAGAAUACACUUGUACAGACUUUAGUGAAAGUAGUGACUUUGAGAACAUUUCUGGUUCAUCGAAAAAUUCAGGAUCAAGAGACUCUUCAUACUCCACUUUGGACGUGCCUCUGCAAUACAGCACUGCCGGUAACGUACUUAACUCAAGUUUUGUAUCCGCUAAAUCGUCAAUGACAAAGCACGACCUAGAUUUAAAUAAGAGUCUCAAUAAUCUCCAUUUAGGGGGGCUGAAUUUCAAGCCCCCUGCAACCGCGUCAGUAGCGUCGUUCGCGGUGAGACGCCCCAAACCGGUUUUGUCGCCCCCCAAGUUCCAGACUGUCAAUUCUUGGGUGGCCGGGGGCUUCUGGAAGAACGCCGAUGGAGUCGUGUUGCCAACCACUCUAAGCCGAUCGUCGAGCGAGAGUUCGGGCUUCGGGUCGCAACACAACGAGGUGUUCGUAGCCCCGAAAAGCCACUUCGGGGAGUUCGAUAAGUUGUCCAUGCACUCGGAACCGCUGAGGUUCAGUCCGAGCCCGACGUACCCGUUUUCGCCGCCCGAAUGGCGGAGAAACGUGUUUUCUCCGAGUCUGCAGCCGCACCCCAGCAUCCAGAGAGUGGGAAGCCCCGUCAGGGGGUUCGAGAACUGGUCGGAUAAAGUCAACGCGCAAGCGAUGCAGAGAUUCAGAGGUCUGAGUUUACACUCGAACUAGACUUUUAUUUUGUGAUUUUUUUAGUCAAGUAAGCUGCCACUUUUUAAAAGGAGUCUGUUGAGUUAGCUGUUAAGGGUAAUUUAGUUUAAGAUUUAAACGAAAAAAUCAAAAAUGGCACGAUUCGUUUUCAUGUUAAUCAUCACUGCCAAGAGUAACUCGAGUCUACCUCGUUAAAUUUUUGAUUUUUUUUUUUCAUGAAGUUCGGCAAAACUCGAUUUGUCGUGACGAAUGUGACGUCAGUGCGUGAGGUUUACAUUUACCGAGUAAUUCCUUGUGAGAUUAGGCAUGUAUUUUGUUUUAAAUACAUUUUUUGGAAACUUG